UGCUGAUAUAUUUGCUUUUUUUAAAUAGUAGUGGUUGAUCAAUCGACCAGAAUAGAAGUAAAUAGGUACGACAAAGCUAGGUUCAAUGUUUUUCGUAUUUUUAUUUCACGAUAAAAUUUUAUUUUUUUGAAUUAUUAAAGUUUCAUGCUUCAAGUAAAGUAUAAAUAAUGAGGAAUAAAUACGCGUUUUUCAUUUUAUACAAUGUGUUAAAAUCUCUGGCAUGAUAAAAAUGAAUAAUUUAAUUAAUUACAUAAAUCACUUUCGCAUUUGUUCAGUCCUAUUGUGUUUUGGUUUUGGUUUUGCCGUAUUGGGUACACCAAAUAACAUCAAUUUGGAAAAAUAUAAAAGACAAAUCACGAUUUACAGAGAGCACGUGGCAUCAACAGAAUUCCUCUGUGGAAAUGGCCAAUACAUUGAUAAAUCUCUGACUUGUGACGGAAUAAAAGACUGUGUGGAUGGUUCGGAUGAAACUUUGAACCUCUGUGGCAACUUGACAUGUCCCUCGUACACAUACAAAUGUAAUUAUGGAGCUUGCGUUGAGCAGCGAGCGAAAUGCGAUGGUCGAAUUGACUGCGUCGAUCAGUCUGAUGAGUCAGCUUCUGUAUGCGAUUUUCAUAUUCCGAAACAUUCGAAUGUAUGCAAAGAAAACCAAUACCAAUGUUUUUCUGAGCAAUGCAUCGAUAUCAAAUUCUUAUGUGAUGGGAAAAAGGACUGCAAAGAUGGUUCCGAUGAAACACACAUUCGCUGCCAUAAUACACCAUGCAACGACUCACGAUUUUUCCAAUGCGAUUACGGAGCUUGUGUGGAUAAAAUAUAUAAAUGCGAUGGAAUAAAGCAAUGUGUGGAUGGUUCCGAUGAAUCGAUUCGAAUAUGCAAAGUGAUCAAUGAGACAACUGACCAGACGACUCACACAACACUUUCUCAACCAAAAAAAUGCAAAAAAUUAAAUCCGGUAAAUGUCGAUUUGAAAUGCUAUCGUAAUGGAUCCAUCGUGAACUGCAAUGAAGAUUUGAUCGCUGGUACAAGAGUACGUCCAAUUUGUAAACCAUUUCAUACGUACAAGGACUUGGUACCCGUUUACCAAGAAAUCAUUUGCCAAGAAGAUGGAACUUGGGAUUUCAAGUUAUUUUCCUGUAUUUAUGAAUGUGGGCGUCCAUAUGCAAUUUACAAUGCCACUCCAUUCGACAACGAAACUAGUACGGAACGCUAUGUUGAGUCGCCUUGGCACGUAGGAAUCUAUGACAAAAAUAAAAAUUUGGCAUGCAGUGGAACAAUCGUAUCUCCAUAUUUGAUUUUAACAGCUGCUCACUGUUUCGAUGGUCAAACACAAAUGAAAGAAGGUGCUAUGGUAAUCGAUGGUUAUGAAAUAGUCGUCAAUAAAGCUACACAAAAUUAUUCGUCUGUAGAUAAUGGGAGCCAAAAAUCCUACAAGGUGAAAGAGAUACGUCUCAAUGAUAAAAGUUACAUUGGUGUAGGAAACUACUACUUGUCAGACUUGGCUAUAUUGAUAGUAUCUGAAAAAAUCAUCAUAGAGGUAGCAGUUCAACCAGCUUGCGUUGACUGGAUCCAUACGAGCAAAUAUCAACCUCCAGAAGGUACUCCAGGAAAACUCGUAGGAUGGGAAAUUGGCAGUACAGCGAAUGAUGCUGAAAAUUUACAGAUCAGGUUUCUAUCAUUUACCAAUCGAGAUCGGUGUAUAAGGAUAGUCCCGGAGAAUUUCAUACCCUACUUAACAUCUGACAAGUUUUGUGCCAGUUCAUAUGAUGGUUCAAAUGCCAUUCCACGUAGUCCUGGAAGUGCCUUAAUGAUUCGAGAAGGUUCUCACUACUACAUUCGAGGAAUUCUGAGUUUGAAACCUUCUAAAGAGAAAUAUAUAGCAACGUUUACCGAUAUAACUGCUCAUGUAAGCUGGAUAAUACUGGUGCGAGAUCAAGUAGAUCAGCAAAUGAAUCAAAUGCAGUGAAUCAGGAAUUUUAAAAUAUGAAGCAUACCUACCAACACUACAUGUUGGCAAAUGUGAUUCGUUUGUCGUUUAAGUCGCUCGUUUAUGCAAAUUAAUCAACACAUUGGCCAAAACUUGAAAAUUUUCACUGUUCUUCAACUUUUCACCACUCAAGAUUUUGAAAACUAAGUCAUUCUAAGUGAAAGUCCUAUAUCCUCCGAGAUUAACGUGUUUGAACCUAAAAAAAAACUCUCUCAAAAGCUCACUAAAACUCGUUCCAGUAAAUUUGAACUGAUUUUUCAAUUUUAGUUUAUCGCAUGCCGGACGAAUCGUGCGUCCGUCCUAUAGCAAAAAUCUGAUGACAGUAAUCCGAUAGAAAAUUCGAUUUUCUACAAAUUUCAAGUAAAAAAUUUUUCCUGGAAAGCUUUGUUUUCAAGCUGUAUUGCUAUUGAAGUUGGAGGUAACUUUUCUAUCAUUAAAAAAAUCUGAAGAUGCAAAUUAAUUGACACAUUCCACAUUAAAUUAUUUUCUCGCUGGGAUCCAUGCUUGAAAAAAAAAACCGCCUAUAUUUUCAACGCUAUACAGUCUGAAAUCGAAAAAUUUUAGGAAAAAAUUGCUUGAGAAGAAAUUUGAAGAAUGUUCAAUUUUACAUCUGAUAACUGUCAUCAGAUUUUUGCUAGGACCACCUAAAAUUUGAAAAAUCAGUCCAAUUUCACAUGAAGGAGCUUUAGUGAGCUUUCAAAAAAACAUUUUUUUGACUCAACCACACUAAAAAUAUCUUAAAAGAUAGGAUUUUCUCCCAGAAUGACCUGUUUUAGAAAAUACUCAAUGAUACUUCCGUAAUGAAGAAAAAAGAAAAUUGAAUUCCGUUUUUUCAAAACUAUCAACUAAUUCACAUGGUUGUACUGAAUAUUCUCGUUUUUACAAUACACAUGAUUUGUUGAGUAAA